GGAGACGAUGGUACCUGGUAUUUUCAUGAACCAUACAAUAAGACGUGGGUCAACUACACUACAUGUGUCAACACGGAGGACUUGUCGUUUCGUACUGUAAUCGUGAUAAUCCAUUCAGUAGGUUACAGUAUCUCCCUUGUUGCCCUGCUGAUAUCACUGGCCCUACUCUUCUAUUUCAAGUGAGUAUUCCAAUCAAAAAUUAGUAUUAUAGCAUUAUUUCCAUUCCUUGCAUGAUAAAUCCGACCUGCAGUUUCGUGGAUAACAG